UAUAAAAGAUAAUAUAUUUUUUGAAAAGGCGUUCUGAAAUCUAUAACUCUUGAAAUAUUCAUAAAGAGAUUAUAGCAAUCAAAUACAUCACAAUGAAGUCCAAAUCACCUUAUAUCCAACAAAUAUGCUGCAACCCUCAAAUGAGAAAAUUCAGAGAAGAAAGAAUGAAGGAAUGAACAAAUUAUACUCAUACAUAUACAUCAAUAAAAUCUCUAUUUCAUCAUAUUUUAUUUGUGAUUAUAGUGUAUUUUUCAUCCCUUUAAAAUUUGUUAUGCCAUAAUUAUGCCACAACACUGUUCCACACCAACUUAACUUUAGUUGUUAGCUAAAAUGAGACUUUCCGUGAUUAGGCAAUGAUUUUAACAUACUCCUUGUUGUAUGAGGCUGGAACACCUGCCAAAGCAUGAUUUCAAAAGUUGAUGGCUUGUCUCCUCCUUCGCCAACACUUGGCGACUCGAUUUCUUGCUGUUCCAUCAUCAAUUGGAUAUAAAUGGAUGGAACAUUGCCUUGGAUUUACAACACUUGCAGCAGCAGCAGCAAACCAAAUGCACCCAAAUUACAGGAAAACUUUUUCCCAUAUAUACCAAGAAUGUGCAAAAAAUUGCAUCCAGGAGCCAGGCAGGCAAGCCCAUGCUCGGAUGAUAAUUUCUGGGUUUCAACCCACUGUUUUCGUCACUAAUUGUUUGAUUCAGAUGUACAUAAAAUGUUCCAACUUGGGUUAUGCUGGUAAAGUGUUUGAUAAAAUGCCUCUUAGAGAUACAGUUUCUUGGAACGCCAUGAUUUUUGGGUAUUCCAUGGUUAGUGAAUUGGACAAGGCACAAUUAAUGUUUGAUUUGAUGCUUGAAAGAGAUGCAAUUUCUUGGAAUUCUUUGAUUUCGGGGUAUAUGCAAAAUGGUAAUUAUGGGAAAUCAAUUCAAACUUUUCUGGAAAUGGGAAGAGAUGGUAUUGCUUUUGACAGAACAACUUUUGCCGUUGUUUUGAAAGCUUGUUCGGGUAUUGAAGAUUCUUGGUUAGGGGUGCAGGUGCAUGGGUUAGUCGUCAAGUUAGGUCUUGCUACUGAUGUGGUGACGGGGAGUGCAAUGGUGGAUAUGUAUUCGAAAUGCAAGAGAUUGGAUGAGUCAAUAUGUUUCUUCAAUGAGAUGCCUGAGAAGAACUGGGUUUCUUGGAGCGCUCUGAUUGCAGGUUGCGUUCAAAAUAACAAGUUUGCUGAUGGACUACACCUCUUCAAGAAUAUGCAAAAAGAAGGAGUAGGGGUGAGUCAAUCUACUUAUGCUAGUGUCCUCAGGUCUUGUGCCGGGUUAUCAGACUUAAGAUUGGGUUCUCAAUUGCACGGUCAUGCAUUGAAAACUGAUUUUGGAUCUGAUGUCAUUGUAGCAACUGCCACUUUGGACAUGUAUGCCAAAUGUAACAGUUUGUCUGAUGCUAGGAAGGUAUUCAGCUUGUUGCCAAAUCAUAAUUUGCAAUCCUAUAAUGCGUUGAUUGUUGGGUUUGCUCGAGGUGAUCAAGGAUAUGAAGCUGUGAUACUAUUCCGGCUUUUGCUUAAGGCUUAUCUUGGGUUUGAUGAAAUAAGCCUAUCUGGUGCAUUUAGUGCAUGUGCAGUAUUCAAAGGGCAUUUAGAGGGAAUGCAGCUACAUGGGCUAGCUCAUAAGACCCCUUUUUUGUCCAAUGUUUGUGUUGCAAAUGCUAUUAUGGACAUGUACGGCAAAUGUGAAGCACCACAAGAAGCUCUACGUUUGUUUGACGAAAUGGAAAUAAGAGAUGCAGUGUCUUGGAAUGCAAUAAUUGCAGCUUACGAGCAGAAUGGACAUGAGGAUGAAACCUUGAUACUAUUUUUUCGGAUGCUUAAGUCAGGGAUGGAACCGGAUGAAUUCACUUAUGGUAGUGUUUUAAAGGCCUGUGCAGCUCGUCAAGAUUUUAACACUGGCCUGGUGAUUCACAAUAGAAUCAUAAAAUCAGGGAUGGGGUUGGAGUGCUUCAUCGGGAGUGCUGUAAUAGAUAUGUACUGUAAAUGUGAAAAGGUAGAAGAGGCAGAGAAGCUUCAUGAGAGAAUGGAGGAACAAACAAUCGUUUCUUGGAAUGCAAUCAUAUCGGGCUUCUCAUUGCGUGAACAAAGUGAGAAAGCUCAGAAAUUCUUCUCUAAAAUGCUGGAAGAGGGAAUAAAACCUGAUAACUUUACCUUUGCAACAGUUCUUGAUACCUGUGCAAAUGUAGCUACUGUUGGGCUCGGAAAGCAAAUUCAUGCUCAAAUUAUAAAGCAAGAAUUGCAAUCAGAUGUGUUUAUAACUAGCACUCUUGUUGACAUGUACUCGAAAUGUGGAAACAUGCAGGAUUCCAGGUUGAUGUUUGAAAAAGCACCAAAAAAGGAUUUUGUCACAUGGAAUGCUCUAGUUUGUGGCUAUGCACAACAUGGUCUUGGUGAAGAAGCUUUGCAGAUCUUUGAAAAGAUGCAGAUUGAGGAUGUAAGACCAAAUCAUGCAACUUUUCUUGCAGUCUUAAGAGCUUGUGCACAUAUAGGGCUUGUUGAGAAAGGACUGCAACACUUCAAUUCAAUGUCGAAUAACUAUGGAUUAGAUCCUCAAUUAGAACAUUACUCAUGUAUGGUUGACAUAUUAGGGAGGGCGGGACAAAUUAGUGAUGCACUGAAGCUUAUUCAAGACAUGCCUCUUGAGGCUGAUGAUGUGAUUUGGAGAACUCUGCUUAGUAUGUGUAAGAUGCACGGGAAUGUGGAGGUAGCAGAAAAAGCAGCCAAGUGUCUCUUGCAAUUGGACCCUGAGGACUCGUCUUCUCAUAUACUUUUGUCAAAUAUUUAUGCUGAUGCAGGAAUGUGGAAGGAAGUUGCUGAAAUGAGGAAAGUGAUGAGGUAUGGUGGGCUCAAGAAGGAGCCAGGUUGUAGCUGGAUUGAGAUCAAGUCUGUGCUGCAUAUGUUUCUGGUUGGGGACAAAGCCCAUCCAAGAUCCAAAGAGAUAUAUGAAAAUCUUGACGCAUUGAUAUGUGAAAUGAAACGAGCUUCUCAUAUACUGGAUGGUGAAUUUUCGCUCAACUGUGAGGCUACAGAAGAUGAGCAUCAACACCCAUUUCCAGAAUGCAGAGUUUCUUGUUUUUAGACCAAUUCAUUUGGAGCCUAUUUGUGGUUGUAAUGGAGGUAUGCAAGGGAAAGAAGCUUUGCUUUACGUUGACCCAAGGAAAAGCUUGGCCAGCUUGGGGAUAUCCGAGGGAGAUUUUAAGUUGUAUGUGUUGGCUGAUUCCUGGACUUUAUAUGAAUAUCUUGAGUCUAACAAAUUAUAUAAACGCGAGUAUAUUUAGUGACAAUAGAUCCCUGUGCUGUUUGACAAAAUGCACUUCUGCUGGUAAGAGGAAAAAGACCAGUGACCAUAUUUGAUGGGAUUUAAAAGACGGAUUUGGUUGAAUGCAUUUACUCGCCUACAUCAUCAGCUUGUGCGGCUAUAUACAUUAAGAAGGUGGUCAGGAGGAAACAAAAAGAUUGAGAAAGUUGUCCUCCAGAUUUCUCCGCGUAAAUGAAUUGCUUCAAAAGAUUAUCAACAGAAAAUUAGAAACUGUAAAAUGGUUGGGACUGCAGUCUUGGGCUUUCAACUACAUUACCUAAUUCUUGGGAAUCUUUACAUGGAUGGAGCAACUAUUUGGCUGAAUGAAGAGAUAUUUUUUGAUGCUUGACAUGGAGUUGUUUACCAUACUUUUCUGGAGCUCCAUUACAAAAAAAAAAGGCGCCCGGUGCACUAAAGCUCCCGCUAUGCGCGGGGUCCGAAGAAGGGCGCCUGACCACAAGGGUCUAUUGUACGCAACCUUACCUUGCAUUUCUGUCAGAGACUGUUUCCAAGGCUUGAAUCCGUGACCUCCUGAUCACAUGACAACAACUUUACCAGUUAC